GGACUGGUACACUACCUUACAUACACUGGCUGCGGAAUUACUUUGAAAAACCAGAUCACUUUUUUCAGAUUGGAAUGUGAUUUUGUGAGUGUUAGCAGUAGUUUUAAUUGAUGAUUCGACGAUUAACAUCGAGCAUGCCCCCAAUUAAAAAACAUUUCGACUAUUUAGUAAUUGGUGGAGGAUCUGGGGGGUUGGCAAGUGCCAGGAGAGCUGCCGAAUUUGGCGUGAAAGCAGCAGUUAUAGAAGAAGGGCCCUGGGGUGGAACUUGCGUUAAUGUGGGCUGUGUGCCUAAGAAAGUGAUGUACAACACAGCAUUCCAUGCAGAGAUGAUCCAUGACCACAAGGAAUAUGGUUUUAAUGUUGAGCUGAAAUCCUUUGAAUGGAGUCACAUUAAGAGGACAAGGGAUGCAUACAUCAGCAGACUGAAUCAGAUAUACGCCAACAACCUCGAUAAGUCAAAAGUGGACAAAAUACUAGGGCAUGCUACGUUCACAGACAACCGAGAAGUUGAAGUGAAUGGGAAUAAAUAUACCGCUGACCACAUUCUCAUUGCUACAGGAGGUCGACCAAUCAUUCCUAAUAUUCCAGGUUCUGAGCAUGGCAUUACUAGCGAUGGAUUCUUUAAGUUAGAAGAUCUGCCAAAAAAGGUGGUGGUGGUUGGUGCGGGGUAUAUAGCUGUUGAACUGGCGGGAAUAUUUGGUUGUCUCGGAGCAGAAACUAUGAUUCUUAUAAGACGGCAGCAGGUUUUGAGAAAUUUCGACUCGAUGGUCAGUAAAGCUGUGACAGAGAACUUGGAGAAGGGAGGGGUCAGUGUCAAGAAAGAGACGCAGGUAACGAAUGUGACGAAAGAGUCUGAUGGGAGUCUGACGCUGGAGACGACUCACGGCACUAUCCCCGGCGUGUCGUGUCUACUGUGGGCUAUCGGGCGAGUCUCCAAUACGGAUCAGCUCAACCUCGACAAAGUGGGAGUGCGGCUGGACAACCAGCAUAAUAUCGAAGUUGACGAGUAUCAAAACACGUCGGCCAAGAACAUCUACGCACUCGGAGAUGUCUGUGGGAAAGCCUUGCUAACUCCAGUUGCUAUAGCAGCAGGAAGAAAGCUAGCGCACAGAGUGUUUAACAAUGAGAAGAAUCAGAAACUGGACUACACCUGCAUACCCACCGUGGUGUUUUCCCACCCACCCACGGCCACCGUGGGGAUCACUGAAGAGGAGGCUCUAGUAAAGUAUGGGAAGGAGAACGUCAAGGUCUACAAGACAACGUUCACACCGAUGUACUACGCAGUGACGACGGCUAAACAGCUGUGCUUUAUGAAGCUAAUAACAUUCGGUCCCACGGAAAAGGUCGUUGGUCUGCAUAUGGUUGGACAUGGAGUGGACGAAAUGUUGCAAGGUUUCUCAGUCGCAAUUAAAAUGGGUGCCACCAAGGCGCAAUUUGACGACACAGUGGCUAUCCAUCCGACGUCGUCCGAGGAACUAGUAACACUGCGGUGAUGUAAGCCAGUGUAGCUGACCGGUUAAGGACAUGUCAUUCACAGGGGCAGAUUAUGGGGGGGGGGGGGGGGGGGGGGGGGUCCCAGUUGCAUGGAACACACACACACACCCCACCCACCCCCGGCUAAAAAAAAAACCCAACCCAAUCACGUAAAUCUAAAUUGAUGCCCACGUAAAAUUCAUAAUUUCAAAUUAUAUACAUUUACAUAUUGUUUCGGAAAAAAACCUUACCUAAAGCAUAAUCCACCCCUGCAUUCUGUACGCAAAAAAAAAAAUAAUAAUAAUAAAAAAAAUAAUAAUAAUAAUCCGCCCCAGCAUUCUGUAAGCAUUUUUUAAGUGCUCACUCAUACAACAGUUAUAAUUUCAAUGUAUAUAUUGAAGUAAUGAUAUUAAUAAUAUAUUUUUUUUUUUAAUCAUAUUAAAAAAAAACCUUUAUAUAUUUUUAUUUACUUGUCUGUGUGGUAGUAACAUAGCAAGUGUUGGUGCAUUUGUUGUUGUCAGUCUUCUAGAAAUAAAAUUAUUUAAUACUCUG